CUUACUCCCGUGAUGUCUGUUAUUAAUCCCACCCCGAGCGCAAGAUCUCGCAAGGCUGGUCACCGAGUGACCAUUCUGCCAUCCCUUUCCCAAUAUCAUGGCUAGACUGUUGAGUGUAGCAUUAGGCUUCUUGAGCCAGCCAUUUGCCCAUCUUCCUCAGCUAUCGUUCUUAGCUGAUUCUGUCUGGGUAAACAAUGGUCAGGUUAUCACCCCACAGCUUUCCCACUCUAUUCAAGAGACCCUUGAUAUCUGGAACAUCACUGGGCUAUCCGUCGCAGUUGUCCCGAGAUAUGGCGAACCGGAAUUUCAUUCAUGGGGAAACAUGACAGAGGAUGGGGAUAAGACAACAGAAGACACAUUAUUCCACAUGGCGUCUGUGUCCAAGGCAUUCUGCGCGAGCGCUCUUGGAAUUUUGAUGGAUGACUUUGAACAUGGAAGAAACGUGACGCCGCUUCCCCCCGCAUUGACGGAAUUCAAUUGGCACACAUUAGUACAAGACAUCCUUCCGGGAGAAUGGCAAUUGAUGGAUGACUGGGCGUCUAAGAAAGCCAAUCUGAAGGACAUCCUCUCUCAUGUUUCUGGCCUUCCUCGUCAUGACUACUCGUAUGGACCAUACGACAGCCCUAAAGAUGAUGUAUUGCGGAUGCGCUAUCUGAGGCCAGCUUUUGAACUCCGGGAACAGUGGUCAUACAACAACAAGAUGUUCACGGCAGUCGCGCACAUUGUUGAAACUUACUCCGCACAAACCUACACCUCUUUUGUGGAGGAUCGAAUAUUUACGCCACUAGGAAUGUCCUCUUCUACGUACUCGCCUGCGAAGGCUGGGAAAACCGGCAAAUUCACACAGGGAUGGACCAGCAAUGGCAGGCUCUUGCCUGAGUGUUUCACAGAAGAGAUGGCAACGCUGAUGGCCGGCGCAGGCGGUGUGAUAUCGAGUGCAGUAGAUAUGUCAAAAUGGGUUGCACUGUGGCUCAACAAGGGCGUGCACAACAACGUCACAGUCAUACCGCUGUCUGUGUAUGGAAACGCAUCACAGUCGUAUUCCGUGUCCAUCAGCGCCCCGGAUGAUUCUGAGCACUCGAUUCAGGGGUAUGGGAUGGGAUGGUUCCGAUACUCGUACCUCGGGCACGAUCUCGUAUAUCACACGGGGUCGGUUCCAGGUCUCUCUACACUAGCGGCAUUCCUUCCAGAUGAUGAUGUCGGAGUCGUCGUUUUCGCCAACGGUGGUGAUAAAGCUACACCUGUGAUGGAUAUCUCCAACCGUAUCAUCGACGCGGCUCUGAACCUACGGUCAAAACCAUCACCACCUAUUAAACCCAGCACGACGGAGAAGAAAGCAAUCACGCCUCCAAACAGUGACGUCGUUGGCUUGGAACUCGCACUCGAUGAGUUCUCAGGCACAUACACCAACGCUGGAUACGGCCCCAUCACCUUUUGCAGUUCUUCCGGCAGCUCCUCUUAUUGUCAAGACGUGAUCUCCGACUUUACUGCGGUGGAUUCAGCACAGUCGAGUGCUCCCCAGUCGCCUCAGCUGUUCGCAGCAUGGCCUCGCAUAUGGUCAUCUCAUAUUCGGGGCGUGCAUCAGUCUGGAAAUACGUUCUUGGUGCAGUACACCUCGUUGUUCCCAGAAGGAUAUGGGCGCGACAGAACACCUUUCGAGACAGCGGAAAUAGGGACAUCGGAGGUUACGGGAGAGUUUGUUGUGGAAGACGGAAAGGUUGUUGGGAUUGGCUUGGUUGGUCUGGUGGGUCAAGUCACGGAGAGGGAGCGAACACAUACAACUGUGAAAGAUCGAGCUGAGAUUUGGUUCGAUAAGGUGUAA